CUCGAAUUACCAAUACGCAGUAUUUAACAUCUUACAGUUGGGUCCGUGAAGGCCGUGGAAUAAUCGUUCCUGGCGAGCCUUCAAAAUAGACACCAUUUCUCGAACCCAAACAAUUGCCGGUGGAUUCCGGUCAGUACUUUCGCGAUUUGAACUCGGCAAGGCAUCCCACAUAUCCGUUGGAGCCGAUGAUCCGCGCGAAACUGGUGGACAAACCGGAUUAUCGUGUCGGGGACUUGGAUGUUGUGGGUUGUGGCAGCACACUUGGAAAUAUAUUGAGAUUUGCGCGCGGUGAUACCCUUCCCUUUAGAAUGCUAGUCGAGGCCAUUGGACACACAGUUUUCUUAAUUAGAAUGGAGAAUUCGCCCUGGGACAAAGAUGCUUGGGAGUCAGAAUCCCACCAGCGACUUAUCAAUUAUCAGUUCGCCAACAUGAAUGUCUUAGUGCGCUUUGAAGCCGAUGGUUUCCUUCCCGAUUUGAUCCCUGAACCUGGUAUUGCUGCCCAGGAGAAUUCCUCCCCUGGCGAAAAACACAUGGAUUCUGAGGAUCUCCUUUCUUCCAUCGCAGCGGCUACGAUUUCAACCAACCAGGCUCCAGUUACCACCGACGACAGGAGGUCAAGUGCUUUGGAAAUUUCCCAAUGCGGUCGCCAUAGUCCCCAGUGCGCAAUUUUUGACUUGAAGACACGUUCUGGCAAAACACACGACUUCGAAAUUCUUCAGGAACAGAUGCACCCUCGGCUGUGGAUCAGACAGACUCCCAGAUUCCUGCUUGCAUGUCAUAAUGCUGGGAGGUUUGAAGACAUUCGAGUCCUAGACGUGCGAGAGGACCUGGAGCAAUAGGAAGAUGCUCAACAACCAAGUUUGCAGAGAUUUGCUACUUUACUGCAGAUGAUAACAUCUUUUGCUUGUCACAUGAAGGAUAGGAAGCUUAAACUUGAGCACAAUAAUGAGAAGAAGGACGAAGAGGGAGUUCUGAACAUUCGAAUUCCUGGAGGUGAUGUUGGCUCUGUCUUGCCGCCAGAUUUGGUAAUCCAUUGGGAUCUGAGCCAUGAUUCUGAUCCAGGGCCUUGGUUUUAAUCUCGGAGUACCUACGUUGUAGAAACUGC